ACCCAUCAAAAACAUUUUCCUUCACGCAGGGAGAGCGAAACAGUGUUUCUGGUGUUUCUUCAAUUGUUUUAUCGCAGGGUUUGACGGCAAACCGGUAAAUCCUUGUGGUAUUUGGUAAGAUAGAAAUAGGAUGAAGUUUGACCGGGAGGCAAAUUUGAAGUGUUUGAUUGGGCAAUUCCAACUAGGGUUUAAGACUAUUUCUGGUGCAAGCUUGAUUUCAUCUGUGGCUGCUCUUCUGGGUAUUGCUGGUGGCUUUGUUCUUGCUCUCAAAGGCUCGAAAUUCGGCAUCCUAAACACCUUACACUUAGAGUGGCUGCCAAACACUCAGGCUUCUUCUCGCAAGCAGCUGCCUUUGGUACCCGGCCUCCAAAAUCUUGGAAAUAAUUGUUUCCUAAAUGUUAUUUUACAGGCUCUGGCUAGCUGUUCAUACUUUCAACCCUUUCUCCAGAAUGUCUUAGAGGAAUAUGAGUUCUCAGCAGUUCAGGAUCGAGUUGAUGCCUUUCCUCUUACGAUAGCAUUGGCAGCUUUGUUAGAAGAUCUAAGUGUAGUUGGUGGAGGAAGAGUUGUAUUAAGUCCGCGAAAAUUGAUGCUUGCGAUGGAAGCUUACAUUCAGAAUUUCGAUCUUACAAGCCAGCAGGAUGCAGCAGAAGCAUUUCUUCAUCUUCUGUCCUCUUUAAGAGAAGAAUUUUCAGAUUGUUAUCUUCCAAAUCAAUGUUCUUUAGCAGAACUCUUUGCCUCUAAUUGUAGGAUUAUUACUCCAAAGAGAAUGGAGAACCAGAGUGAGCAGGCAAGAUGGCAGCAACAGUACCUUGGGCCAUUUGAUGGAAUUCUCAGUAGCAUCCUCACGUGUCGAAGUUGCUCAACACAGAUAUCAUUGAACUUUGAAUCUUUUCACAGCUUGCCUCUUUCACCAGUCCUUAAUGGUGGUGCCACAAUUAUGGUUGGAUGCACCUUAGAGGAUUGCCUGGAGCAGUUCACUGCUGCUGAACAAGUUGAGAAUUAUCACUGUAACUAUUGUUGGCACAUUGCGGCAGUCAAGUAUUUAUUUUCUAUGGGAGUAAAUGAGGAAGAGAUUGAAAAGAUUAAGAGAUGCCCUGAGCAAGAUUCCUGUGACUGUCGAAGACAUUUUCAUCUACAUAAGCUACCUUGGUCAAAUAAAUUUUCAUAUACUCUAAAGCAAAUAAGUAUUGCUCGUUGCCCAAAGAUUCUAUGCAUUCAUCUAAAGCGUGUUUCAAUCAAUAUAUUUGGAGAACUAGUAAAACUUCAGGGCCAUAUUUCUUUUCCAUUGGUUUUGGACCUUUUGAGAUUCACGACAAGUGAUGUGGGAAUAAAGAGUUUGGAAGAAAACAUGAAAAAAGGGGAAGUUCAGCAACAAAAUAAAAACUCAAGAACUUUUCCCAAUCAGUUCAAUAUGCAGUAUGAUCAGAUAAAGCUGAAUCAUAUCUAUGGAUUAACGAGAGGAAGUAUCUACCCAGAAGAAUCAGCUUCAGAUGUAUCUCAAUUCACUGCAAAUGCAAAAGAUAUGCCAGCAAAAUCCAGAUUUUCCGAAGCAGCAGGGUUUUUGAAAACCAUGCAUGCAGACAUGAACAUGCACUCAGAAGAUCAGUUGACUGAGAGUUGCAAAGUGGUUCCUUCAAAUACUUGCCUCUACCGUCUUGUUGCCGUUGUGGAGCACUUUGGAAGAGCUGGAAGUGGGCACUACACCGUUUACAGAAGCGUGAGAGCUGAUUUAUGUGAAGAACCUUGUGAGGAGUCUGAGGUUGACGCUGCUGCUUGGUGCUGGUAUUCUAUUUCGGAUUCAGAAGUGUGUAGGGUUUCAGAGGAAGAUGUUCUUGCUGCAGAAGCAAGCUUUCUUUUCUUCGAAAAAUACGAAGGCUGACGAAUGAAGGUUAGUUUUGAAAUUGUCACGAAAGGAAUUGUUGAAAAUGUACAAUACCUGUGAGAUUAAGAAUAGAAAACGAAAACUCAAUAAUGGUAACGAUAAAAAGCAUAUUGACAUUCUCUGCCGUCCUAUGUUUUAGUGAAGGAUCAUAGCUCUGGCGGGUAUUUUGGACAUUUGAUUGAGCUCCGGCUUGCUGUUUUUUCUGCGGCUGCGUUUUCUUAUUCACGCAGCGCCUUGUUUAGGCCUAAAUUUAUCAAUUUAGCUUUAUUGAGCUUGAACAAAAGCUUUGGCCCAAACCGAUGAAUUGAUACUCUCUCUCACGUCGCUCACUAUUGUUUAGGGUUUUGAUUUCGAUUUUAAUCUAAUUUCUGAGAGCAUCUUCAAUGCUAAGAUGCAAAUUUGAGAUGUCAAAAAUCCUAAAUUACUAAAUCCUAGUAGAUUAUCUGUCGGAUUUUACAAUGUCUUUUAAAUAGCUCCUGUAUGUAAUUGUAUUCUUUAGGGAGUAAGUUCCUAUCUCUCUUGUCAAGAUAAAUAAAGAUACAAGGCAUGAGGAAUAAGACAAAAUUCCUCAAGCCAUUUGUUAUC